ACCCCUCCCCGCAUCACAUGUGAGACGAGGGUAAAAGGUUCAGAGACUGCAAUGAUCCGUCGCUUGAUGAGAGCCGUUACUUUUAUUCCAUAAAGAGGGCAGCGGCUCCCGAACGGAUGUCUGUGCCUCGCGCGGAUAGAUCGAGAGACGUUCGCAAGUUCAAUCAAACGGCACAAUGGUCGACUUGGACUACGACUAUCUGAUCAAGCUGCUGGCACUGGGCGACUCCGGGGUGGGAAAGACCACCUUCCUCUACAGGUACACGGACAGCAAGUUCAACAGGAAGUUCACCACCACAGUGGGAAUCGACUUCAGGGAAAAGAGAGUGGUGUACACGGGGACAGGUGCUGACGGCACGAGUGAGAAGAACUUCAGAGUCCACCUUCAGCUCUGGGACACGGCUGGCCAAGAGAGAUUCCGCAGCCUCACAACAGCUUUCUUCCGGGAUGCAAUGGGCUUCCUGUUAAUGUUCGACCUGACCAAUCAGCAAAGUUUCCUUAACGUCAGGAACUGGAUGAGUCAGCUUCAGGCCAACGCGUACUGCGACAACCCAGAUGUGGUUCUGGUCGGCACCAAGGCCGACCUGAAGGACACGAGGAACGUUAACGCCAGACACGCCAGAGAACUGGCAGACAGAUACGGCAUCCCGUACUUUGAGACGAGUGCUGUGACGGGAGUUAACGUGGAGUCAGCCGUGACCACCCUGCUGAACCUGGUGAUGGAGAGGAUGGAGCAGAGCACGUAUGGGGCCCACGGCUCUGAACCUAACGGCAGCCCCACUGCCAGCCAUGAGGUGGAGGAGGCCCCCAUCAGGAGGUGGUGCUCCUGUUAAUGCCCCCCAGCAGCUGCUGCGUAGGAGAAAUAGACUUUAAAAGCCGUCUACAGCCGCUUUUUUUGCACUUCUGGUUUGAAGCUCACUACAUUAUGCUGCCUUUUAGUUUUGACUUCUGUAAUGGGAAUAAAGUUUAUUCUAAUCUUG